AUGUCUACUGCUAUGACAAGAUUUCUCGCUCCCAGAUACAUUGUGCCAUUCAUUGGUGCCACCGCUUCCCUUGGCCUUGCUUACCACUACUCCACACAAUCAUUUAUUAGAAAUGAAACUGGAAAGACUUUUACUGGUGGUGACGAAUGGAUUGAUUUGACCUUGAAAAAGGCCGAGCAAUUGAAUCACAAUACCAAGCACUUGGUUUUUGAUUUGAAAGAUAAAGACGAUGUUUCUGGUUUGGUUGUUGCUUCCAUGUUGAUGACCAAGUUUGUCACUCCAAAAGGUAAUAACGUCAUUAGACCAUACACUCCUGUGUCAGACGUCGACCAAAAAGGUGAUAUUGAAUUUGUUAUUAAGAAAUAUGACGAAGGUAAAAUGUCGAGCCACAUUCACGACUUAAAAGAAGGUGACACUUUGUCUUUCAAAGGACCAUUUGUUAAAUGGAAGUGGGAACCAAACCAAUUCAAAUCGAUUGCUUUGAUUGGUGGUGGUUCUGGUAUUACCCCAUUGUAUCAAUUGUUGCAUGCAAUUACCUCAAAUCCAGAAGACAAGACUAAAGUCCAAUUGUUUUACGGUAAUCUUUCCCCUGAUGAUAUUUUAAUCAAGGACAGACUCGAUGAAAUUGCCAAGAACAACAAAGAUCAAGUCAAUAUUACCUACUUUGUUAACGACAAGAAAGGUAAAGACUUUGAUGGUGUAGAGGGCUUCAUUACCAAGGACUUUUUGCAAAAGAACUUGGACAAACCAAGCCCGGACACAAAGAUUUUCGUUUGUGGGCCUCCAGGUUUAUAUGAUGCCAUCUCAGGUAACAAGAAGUCUCCAUCUGAUCAAGGUGAAGUAACUGGAGCUUUGGCUGAUUUGGGUUACACCAAGGAGCACGUUUUUAAAUUUUAA